AUGCAUUUCGUGCAAGACCCUGUAGAAGGUGUCGAGGCACUGGAGGUCGGCACUAUUCAUAGCGAGGCGGUGCCCGCUUCUGACUAUUUGGCGCGAAGCGGCAAGGGACAGACGGAGAGGACCGAGAGGCGGCAGCCCAUCAAGCAGGGGUGGGUGUCGAGUUGGGGCGGCACUGAAAUGUCGGGCUCCAUCAGGCGCCACGACACACCUCCAGCCUUUGUCGUUGCAAGCGGUGCGAACACGGAGGCUGAUGAGAACGGCAAUGUUUCAGCAGCACAGGGGGAGUCGGGCGCGCAUCAUACGGUGCAGGGCGUGUGGAGUGGAGGUUCCGGCAUGCACUCAACGGCCCUCAUUGAUUCACUGAUCCCAACAGAGGAGACGGAUGUUAUUGAUCUUCGAAACAACGUUAGGGAGUGCGAGGGAUACAGCACGAGCAGUGAGAAUGGCAGCAGCUGCGCCACCUCUUAUACGGGCGAGAGAAACUGUGUCUCGUCGAGCAGAGCACCCCAGCAUAAACGUCGACAGGAGCGGGCGGAGCAGUGGCGCAAGUACGAGGAGAAGAACUGGCGCUGCGGCUUCGAGGAGGUGGUCCCGCAAAGCCGCGGCACUGUCAUCGGAAAGAUGUCCCCCAUUGCCGUUUCGGACACGGAGAAGCGGGCCAAGAUGGGCAGCGCACGCGACAUUGACUCGGCCGACGGCGACAGUGGACUGCAGCGCCGCGGCCAGCACUGUGUUUUGGGGAUGCAACGCCGACUGCUGCAGCGCCGUCUGGAGCCGUCCUUCACAGAGGAGGGCGUUGGGUUGUGGCAGGGGGCAGCAUACUCCGAAUGUCAUGGCGGUGCCCCUCAGUGA